GUCGUGGGCUCGCCAACGGACGGAGAGGCCAACCACCUUGGUCUUUCUGGACGAAGCCAUGCUGAAGCUGCUGCUCAACCACUGGCAAGAGUCGUACAGCAAGAGUCCCGCCAGGGUGACCAGCGAGGACCCGCUGCUCUGCACGGACCUCGCCAAGACGAGGCCCAACGAAGAGUUCCUCGUGUCCCGGGUCAACCCCUUGUUCGUCGACUCCAGCACAGAGGCCUCGCCGAGCAGCACCAUCAAGAAAUCCUCCGAGACCACGGCGGACGUGCACAAUCCCCAAGACGGCGACGAACCGGACAAUUCAACACUAGUGAAGAAACCUCCGGAGCCGCCGGAUCCCCCUCCAACGCCGACGACCGCUUCGACGGCGACGCCGGACUCCGGUUCUAUAGCGUCGACAUCCACCAGGGCCGCCCAUGAGCCGAAAGUGGAAGCGACGAAGAGGGAGACGCAACUAGAGCCGAGAGAAUUGUCGCCGCAUCGCCAAAUCAGUCCUCAGCCGGAGUCCGUUGCGAAGCCGGAAGGGCAGUCUGAUACGCAGAAAACGGACACUUGGAACUCAGACAGAUCUUCCUCUCCGCGGCCGCUAGUGGAGCUGAGAGAGUGGCAGGAGAACGGCAAGAAGCAAGAGGACCACGUGCUCAACCGACUCCGGAACUCCGGCAGGGCGUCGAUCAUCACCAAGGAGAAGUUGAGUCUCGUUGAAAAAGUGAUCGCCGAGCGGUUGGGUAAGAGGAUUCCAGAACCGGGAAUUCGAAGGACCAUUGAACUUCUAAAUAAGGACGCAGUCCCUGCGUCCCAGGAGGCGCAACCUACCAAGCAGCAAGAAUACGUUCAACUGGACUCCGGAGCAGAAGUCAAAACAAAUUUUAGAGCAGAUAAGUUGAAAGCAAACUCUCCUCCAGUAGCACCUCCCCUGCCUCCGGCUCCUGUCGUAGCACCGGUCUCCGUCUUAGACGGCAGUGUCCAGAUAGAAGAUAUCCGGAAGCCUCAAGAAUCCUCCUUCGAAGCGGAUGCCGCGGAUUCGAAUCCCAAAGACGAGACCGCAGGGGCAGUGAGGAUGCCCAAGCUAGAAGACGGAAGUACGCAGUCCGACUCUAUGACAGACUCUUCGAACAAGAAACCCGAAGUCAAGGACAAGUCUUCCGGACCAUCUACUUCUGAGGACAGCGGCAUCACCCGAGGGGACCAGGUCUACUCCGAUUCAGGAAAGCGCAAGGUUGCAACAAAGUCAGACUCUUCGGAGCAGAGCAGUACGGAAUCGACGAAGGGUAAACGGCAGCGGAGGACCAAGAAAGAGGCCCUCCGUGAAAGUAUGCGCAGGCGCCAGAAGUCAAACUAUAAGUCGCGCUGCAGCGCCUGCAAAAACGUGCUCCCGAAGAAGGACCGACCUCCGCAUCCCAGGGUCCACAAGCACAAGAGGUCCGCGGAGUCUGGCCUUGUGUCCGGUUCCGGAUCUCUGUCGGACCUUGCGUUCGAAUAUCCGUACCUCAGCGACCCGUGUCCGGCGCACUGCAGGCACAAGAGAUCCUCCAUCACAUGCAUGGAGAGUUGCAGGGAUUACCCCUGCGAGGAUUUUUGUAAUUCGGUCUACAGGUACCCUCCGGGGCACGGUCCCUACGAGGCGUGUCCGUGCGGCUGCGUGCACAACACGGCUCUGCUGCCCGAGUGCUGCCGCUGGGGGGACGCACCCCGGAGCCGCUACUCGUGGAACGGCAGCGAGGCAGCGGGUCCUGCGGCGGGCGCCUGCACCUGCCGCCGGAGCCAUCCAGCCUACUCUUCACGGCGCAAGGUCAAGUUCGCCCAUAGGCCGGGCUCCAAGGAGGCCCUCAAGUCCGACCUCAACGAGGAUGAGGAAGACGAGCCCGACAAGGGAGACCGGAGUCCCACCGGCAGCAAGUGCGACCAAGACAGCCUGGCGGAUCCGCCCAGCAAGGACCCCCUACCAAACGGACACGUCCUGGCCGAGAACGGCCUCUUGGAGAAGCAGCAGGCCAACGGCGUCCCUUACGCCUGGGAGGAGUGGCAGCAGUACAUGCGGCAGAAGACUCUUCGGUCCCGCCGCAAGAGGGCCCUGUGCAUGGGGGUCAUCGCACUGUCCAUCAUACUCUUCGUGGGCGUCACCGUGUCCGUGGGACUCGCCUACCUCCGAAAGAAGUUCUGACGCCCGUCUUCCUUCGUCUCCGCCCGUGAGGACCGUGGUAGACACUCCCGAACGGAUGCGGCCUGUCAGAAGAACUGCGGGUGUACGGUACGCAGGUCUCCCAGCUCUCCGUGUCCAACCUAAACUAGAAUGAGACUGGCUCGUGUUUCUGUUGGAUUCCACAAGGAACGUCUGGGUUAUCUCAGUCUGCGAAUUUCCGAAGUGGCAGCGUCUAUUGUUAGUUCCAUGCGCAAGGUGUUGACGUUUGAGAACGAUGGCAGCGGGUGAGAAACUGCCCAAAUAAGUGAUUGGCUGCUUCCUUUGCAGUCAUAACGCGGCUCGUCAUAUAGGAAAUACAAAAAAAAAACGCAGAUUAGCCGCCAUCUUUGAGGCUUGGAAACGAAGAUAGCGUCGGGUUUCUUGACCAAUACUGCCCAUGUACCAAGUUCACGGUGCUAGACGUAAAGAUUUAAUAUUCUCAGUUUACUGACUCCUCUAUAGCGUAGUAUCCGCAAAUCUUCUACGGGAGAAGAUUGUACUGUUAAGGAAUGUUUGAAAGGUACUGAGUCAUUGGACAAUAUUUGUGGACAUCGGGCUACAAAAUAGUUUUGCCUGCCCCGGACUGCCGUAGCAGAGAGUCUUGGUGAACUUAAGGGAAUCUAUUAUGUGAGGAACAGUCUUCUAGCAAUGACCAUCAAAAUGGCUCACGGCACAACGCGAGGCGGGAAGCAUCUGCCUUGUUCGUUGUUGUUUUCGAGAAAACAAGAGAUACAACAAACGACAUGGGAAGUCCACUAGCUUCGCUCCUGCAAGAAGAAAACCUGAGCUGGUCAACGUGGGGUAAUUUUUAAUCGAACAAUUCCAAGAUCACUGUUCACUCAGUAUGAUGUUAAAGGUAUAUCACCUGUGGCACUACCCGGAUAUGCUCUUGCUCCCUUCGUGAGAAGACUUUGAACUGAUUCUUUCAAGAUUACAGCGUAAACGGGAGUUAUGUGAAACAUUUCCCCAAGCUUUUCUUUUGCAGAAAAACGCGCCUAUGAUUUUGUUUUAAGCUUUUUCUUUAUUUAACUUUUUUGGGUGAGUAACCGCAGUCGUCUUAUUUAACAGGACAUAUGAAAUGAUACCUCCGGCCUUGCGAAAAGCACGCGCAUGAGUAUCGUGUGUGUGUAUGUGUGUAUGUAUCUUUGCGUUUUGUUUGAUUGCCUCCUGGAGCAGUAUGCGCAAAUCUUCGUCAAGCUCUAGAUGUACGAUUCCGUGUCCGGACGGCAGCCAAUCAACACUUUGCGUGGUAGUCGCUGCGGGACCAACUCGGUUGUGACGGCGUAGUUAAUUGUUUUUGUAUUUUGUUUCUUUUCUGGAGCAUAGACUCGCGUUAUUUUCUGCACACCAUGUGUGCAUGUGCGAAUGUGCUGAAUGACUGUGCGUUUCUGAGAAUCGUGUGAUGAAAUGUGCGUUGGAAUGUUUCCAGAACUUGUUUUCAAUGUAACGGGUUACUUGAAAGGGCGGAGCAAAAAGGCCGACCAAACGACGGCAUUUUGAUUGAAUUUCGUUCAAUUUUUUUUUUUUCUCUAAAUACUCACCCGAGAACUAUGUGUCUAUUAAGAAUGGAUACUCGGACUCGGCAGCGCAGUUUUGUUUUUUCUUUGUGUUGCCAAAAUGCUCGAGUAAGCUCAUCACUAUAGAAAACUCAAGUAGUUGGCAGUUGGAAAAUGUUCGACGCUUUUGAUUGACACAAAUUGUUUGGCAAUAAAAAUGUAAUCUAGCACAAAGUUUGUUUCUCGGAAAUAAAUUUGCUGUGUUUCUUCUU